AUGCUUGUGAAUAGAGGUGUCAUAGACUCUAUGCCUACAAGCUCUACAGCGCAAUGCUUCGCUCCGAAGGACGCCACAUAUCAAUCCUCACCAUACGCCGCCACUUACCGAUCUGCACCGUACGUCUCAAUAUAUGCGCCAACGUACGCUCCUACAAUGUAUGGAUCCGCACCAUACGCCGUAUAUCAAUCCUCACCGUACACCAUACCUCCAGAAUCCCACAUUGCCACCCCCCUAGAUUCCACGUACCAAUCCUACACCGCUCACAAACGUGAAAAUAUGGAGUGGUGGCAAGAUUUUGAUCCCGCAGAUAGACCCCGUGAGGAUCUCGAGGAUUACGUCGUCUACAAACUGGUUCAAUACGCCAAGUCGGAACGAUCAUUCAGAUUCCCAAGUGUCGAGUUCAGGAAGAAAAUUGUAUUGGAAUGGUAUGAUAAGGACUUCUAUAGGUGGACUGACAAGCAUUGGGACUUGGUUGAUCCAAUUUUUGAAAAAUUGAUGAAUACUGGUUUUGAUUAUGCUUUUAUCCCAUUGGUCAAUCCACUACCAAGUUCCCUGUAUCUAGGGGAUUGGGUUAACCAAUUAAUAUGGGUGUAUAAGGAUAUAUAUGAGAGCUCCUCAAGGCCCUGGAUCUCCCCAAUUUUUUGCGCUUUGGAUCCCCCGAUUUCUCGCGCUCCGGAUCUUCCUGUUUCUCGCUCUGCCACUGCGGAAUACACUGACAAUCCUGUUACUCACGGCGCUGCGGAUUCCCCUGUUCCUAUUGUUCCUGCCGCAGCGGAGUCCACAAUUGUUGAUUCCCACGUUCCUGAGGCCUCCGGAUCCACGAAAAUCCUUGCUCCGGAGACCUACAUUGACAAUAUGGGACCCCAGGUUCGCAAAGCCUUGAAAUCCGCAAAAACACUGACCCCGGAGAUCUCGCUCGAACUGCCGCUCCCGCUACGUUUACGUGGCACGUUCGAACCACUUAGCCCCCAGGGGAGCUCUACCCAUUUUCCCACUCGUUUUUACGCUCUGAUUCCUGUCUUCAUUGAUUCUCGCACCCCGGAUCCAUACGUUCUUACACAUGGAUUCCGAGAGUUGCCAGAGGACCUCGUUGUUGACCUCGUUGUUGACCCCGUUGUUGACCCCGUUGUUGAUACCGUUCUUGCUCCCACCCCCGAAGCGCGCCAGGAUGAUAUCCUUAUUCGGAAUACAGUGCCGAAGCCUACACGAGGCGCCGUAUACGAAUCCGUCGUUGAUAUUGUUGUUGAUCCCGUUCUUGCUCCCCUUCCCGAAGCUUGCCAGGGUGAUAUUGCUGCUGCACCGAAGUAUACACGAGGUGCCUAUAUCACCCCCGUACGAGAUAUGGCGCCGAAGCCUACACGAGGUGCCAUACGAGGAUAUUUUGCGAAUACGCCAAAGCCUCCGCCGCCGCCGGAGCCACCCCCAGAGCGCUAUAUCCUUAUUUGCUUCUUUGUCUCACAUACGUGA